AAAACAUGAGCCAUGUGCAUAUUCAUUGACCAAACUACCCUUUCACACUCGCUUCAGCCUUUCAGCCCUCACAUUUCUCUGUCCCCAGCUAGACAACCUCAUUCUACUUGCCUUGCGCCUCUCUCUUUUCUUGCAAUGCAAGUGCCAUAUCAGAGUUCCUCAAGAAGCUUCUAAACUUCUAUUCUUUUGUAUAUAUAUUUCCAAAAAUCAUUCUUCUAACUGAGAAAGUUUUGGAAACCCAACUUCACCAGUGUUUUCUUUGUUGGUUUUUUUUUUUUCUUUGUGCUUUUGUUUGUAUAUUGUGUCUUUAAAGGAAAGUGAAAAUGGGUAUGGGAUCAAGCAAUUUUGUGAUCAGAUGGGUCAACUUUCUUACAAUGCUUUUAGCUCUAGCUGUUGUAAUUUUUGGGGUAUGGAUGAGCACUCAUCAUGAUGGAUGUCGAAAAUCCCUUACUCUCCCAGUCCUAGGCCUUGGUGCUUUCAUUUUUAUAAUAUCCAUAAUCGGUUUCGUGGGGGCAGUGAAGAAGAACACGAUGCUAUUAUGGAUUUAUUUGAUCAUGUUAUGCAUCAUUCUGGUGGCGAUCCUUGUAUUCACAGUGUUGGCGUUCAUUAUAACAAAUAAUGGAUCUGGUCACAAUGUGUCUGGCUUGAGAUACAAGGAGUAUCAACUUAAAGACUAUAGUUCAUGGUUUCUAAAGCAGCUCAAUAAUACGAAUAACUGGAAGCACUUGAAGAGUUGUCUUGUGAAAUCAGAGGACUGCAACAACCUAGCAAAACAAUACAAGGUCUACCAUUUAAAUCCUGAGUGCUAUUUGUUUCUCUGCAUCGAUUCUAAUGUUUUCAACUCUGAUUUUCAGACUCUUAAGCAGUAUAAAAUGGCAAAACUAACGCCCAUCGAAGCUGGUUGCUGCCGGCCGCCUUCUGAAUGCGGUUAUCCUGUUAUCAAUGCUUCAUAUUAUGACUUGAGCUUUCAUCCAAUUAGUUCCAAUAAUGACUGCAAGCUUUACAAAAACUCUCGAGCUGUGAAGUGCUACAAUUGUGAUUCUUGCAAGGCCGGAGUUGCACAAUACAUGAAAACUGAGUGGAGAGUUGUUGCAAUCUUUAAUUUGGCAUUAUUUGUUGUCUUAUCAAUGAUAUACAUGGUGGGAUGCUGUGCAAGACGAAAUGCUGCUCAGAGCCAGUCUAAAUUCUGAAAGAGUUUAACUCGAUUCAGCUCCUUUCUUGGAAAAUGGAGGAAUGGAGCAGUCUGAUAUGAGGUGGGUUGGAAGUUUGCAGCUUAGCCUUAUGUCUGAAGCAAUGUAAGCCUAAUGUUCAAUCAUGUAAAAAUUUGUCUUGUUCUGACACAAGGGUAACAAUUCAUUAAGGGGAAUUGUAAGGGGAAACAAGAACUACCAUUUUCUUU